AUGAGCAUAUUUCCGGAUACUCUGCGCUACAUCGAGGUGGAACCCGAUCCGAAGACCCGUGCCGUAUUUUUGGACGCCAAACCUGCCUACUUGGAUCACCAGCAACAUCAGAACCGACAGACGACGAAUGGAUUCGGCAAUCGUGUGGGAUUCGCGGAAGGCCCUCCGAGGGAGGCAUUUGGCGACGGGGGCGUCGUAAUCAAGUCUGACAUCAUCUACGACAGCUCGAAGCCAAUCUACAACGUGCUCCGACUUUUGGGAGUUUUCCCGUUUAUGAGGCCAACUGCCGGAAUGACCAUGUUUGCCUGUGCCAGUCCGGCCAUGGCGUACAGUGUGGUAUUCCUGGUGGUGCUGACGAUCUACGUGGUCUUCAUCAUGAUCAGCAGGAUUGACAUUGUCCGCACGCUAGAAGGGCGCUUCGAAGAAGCCGUAAUCGCCUACCUCUUCAUCGUGAACAUCCUUCCGUUGAUCAUAAUUCCCUUGAUGUGGUACGAAACGCGAAAAGUGUGCAACCUCCUGAACAACUGGGUGGACUUUGAGGUCCUGUACCAGAAAACCGCCGGACGUGAGCUGGCGCUGAACCUGAAGAACAAAUCGCUGCUGAUUGCGGUGCUGUUGCCAGUUUUGUCCUGUGCCUCAGUGAUUAUCACUCACGUUACCAUGGUGGAGUUUCAGCUGGUUCAGAUCGUGCCGUACUGCAUCCUGGAUACGCUCACAUACAUGAUGGGCGGAUAUUGGUAUUUGGCGUGCGAAACGCUUAGUACGACGGCCAACGUGCUGGCGGAGGACUUUCAAAUGGCCCUCCGCCACGUUGGCCCCGCCGCCAUGGUCUCCGAAUAUCGUUCCCUAUGGCUUCGACUCAGCAAGUUGGCCCGCGACACGGGAUUCUCCACCUGUUACACCUUUACCUUCAUCUGUCUGUACCUCUUCUUCAUCAUCACCCUGUCGAUCUACGGACUCAUGUCGCAAAUUUCCGAGGGUUUUGGAAUUAAAGAUAUUGGGCUGGCCGUUACGGCAUUUUGCAGUAUUGGGUUGCUGUUUUUCAUCUGCGAUGAGGCACAUUAUGCGUCGUUUAAUGUGAGGACGAAUUUUCAGAAGAAGCUGCUGAUGGUGGAGUUGACCUGGAUGAACUCGGACGCCCAGACGGAGAUUAAUAUGUUUUUGCGCGCGACCGAGAUGAAUCCUUCGAGCAUUAAUUUGGGCGGAUUUUUCGACGUCAAUAGGACGUUGUUCAAGUCGCUUCUAGCAACGAUGGUGACGUACUUGGUGGUUCUUUUGCAGUUCCAGAUUAGCAUUCCGGAUGAUCCGACUGCAAUGCUGAAGCAGAACUCGACGGCAGCGCAUUGAAAUUUAUAGUUUUUAUCCUUUUAAGUAAUAGUCGCCAUCGUAGAUCAAGGUGUAGUAAAAUUAAGCACAACAAAGAAUCGUUUGUACCUGUUUGCUCGCAGAGACAAAUAUUUCCAUGUGAGUAAUCAGGUAAUGAAA